AUGGUUGGCAAAAAGAAGCGUGGGCAUCCUGACGUGGAAGAGUUGUUGGCUCGGCCCUGGUGUUAUUACUGUGAGCGCGAUUUCGAUGAUCUGAAGAUUCUUAUCUCCCACCAGAAAGCUAAGCAUUUCAAAUGCGAACGAUGUGGCCGCAGAUUAAACACCGCCGGAGGACUCUCCGUGCACAUGAAUCAGGUACAUAAGGAGACGUUGACGAGCGUCGAUAAUUCAUUACCCAACAGACAAGGGCUCGAAGUCGAGAUUUUUGGCAUGGAAGGUAUCCCAGAAGAUGUAGCUCAGGCGCAUAAUCAACGCAUCAUUGCAGGUUUCUACACUGCCGAAGCAGAACGACGAGCUGCGACUGGAAAUUCGGGCCCAGGCGGAAAUCCAGGUGGCCAACCUAAGAAGCCAAAGUUCGAAUCACCCGCCGACCUGAAGAAACGUUUAGCAGAACACAAAGCACGCAAAGAAGCUGAAAAGGCAGCUGGCACAGGCAGUGGGGGGAAUACUCCGUUAGUAGACGGUGCACAAAACAGUCCCUUAGGACAGAGUCCUGCUUCAUUUAAUGCGGCACCAUAUUCCACUCCCCCGAAUGUCAAUUAUGGCACUCCACAAGGUGCGGGUUAUGGCUCAUUUUCACAAGAACCGUAUUCGCAGCCUGCUGUAGCUUACCAACAGCCCUAUGCCUCACAACCUCCUUUCCCUGGACCACCUGGGCAGCACUUCCAACCGCAAUAUUCACCACCUCAACAGUACCCAGCACCUCAGGCAUUUUCUCCCGGAUUCCAGCAGCCUGGACAAGGCUUUCCUGGAGGCCCGCCUCCACCAUUUGGAGCUUCACCUCCACCUGGGCCAUAUAUUCCGUAUUCCGGCCCACCUUCACAUACUCCACCCGCGCAUGGCACCUUACCCAAUCGCCCGCCUAGUCUACCGCCUGCUCCAGGCCUUCCUCAGAGACCAUCUUUUGGAGCUCCAGUGGUUCCCCCAUAUCAGAUGCAGCAAUUACAUCAGGGUCAACCAACCUCAUUCCAAGGUCAGCAAAAUAACUGGCAAGGUAAUGGAUGGAAAGGACAAGAGCAAAAACCAGCUAUGUCGUCAGGUUACCCUCCUCACUCUCAAGGUCAUGGCGACUUUGCGACUAACGCUUCUUCUGUGGAUGACCUAGUAUCGGGCGCUGCUAGAGAAGCUGAUGACAUUGACGAAAUUAUCAGAAUGGCUGAAGCCGGCAUUAAACCACCCAAGAAAAGCGACUUUACACCGAUACCGGCUCCAGCACCAGCAGUGGAACCAGAAGCGACUGCCACUCCUGUGCCCGAGGCAUCAUCGAAACCCGAAACGAGCGAGAAAAAAUCGAAGAAAGACAAGCCGAUGAAGAUGAUAUAUUCGGACAAUGAGAUAAGCCCAGAAGAGAAGAUGGCUUUGAUGCCCAGGUACGCAUUCCUCCCAGAAGGAGAGACUGAAUCAUCAACGUCAAAUACGCCAGCACAUCACGCUGCGACUGCCGCAGUAGGUCCAUAA